AUGCUGACCCGGGAUCGCAAGAAAAAAUCGUACGAUGUUAUCAUCACCUUGUACGACACCAUCAAGGAGAACGAGUAUGGAUCGAGACAUUACGCGACCGAGCUUUACCAAAACACGACUGCCUUGACAUUAUCUCCGAACACAAAAUGGCGACAUGUAGAGGCCGAGGUUUGGAGACUGAUCACNUUUUUGUACGGCUCCAUUGAUCGUGCUGANAAAGACGAUUACUCUGUCAACAUGUCGAUGAGCUACACCAUCCUUGACGGUGGCAAGAGACGACGACUUUCCAAACAUUCAAACGAUCGCGCCUUCUUCGGCCUACUCGCGCGAGAUGACAUUACCGACCUCGAACUGCGCGUCAAUGUUACGUAUCGACACGAGCCGCUAUGCGAGCAUCUCGAAAAGGUCAAGGCUCGCAAAGCUCUUCAAGGGUCCAGCAGAAGCUCAAUGAGCUCGGAAGAAUCAGUCGAGAAUCUCAAGGUGGAAAAGUCGGAGUCGACUGUGACGGUCAAGGAGACGAGAACCCGCUCCUGCAUCAUACAGUGA